AUUACAAGUUUUAUAGUUGCAGGGCCCGGCUGAUUAUAAUUAAUUUGAUUAUAUUUAAAAACAUUACUUAACUAUAAAACUAAAUCGGUAAAUAAGAUCAUUAUAAUUAAAAUGGUUCGUGUAAUAACUCAAGAAACGUAUGAUGAAGUUGUUAAGGAAAAUAUUAAAGAAUUUGAUAUGACUACUGAAGAGGCAAUUAAAGAAGCUGUAGCACAGUUUGAGGCACAGGGUGUAGAUCUUUCAAAUAUCAUAAAAGACCUCGCUUUGAGUUCUGGAGACAAUCAUCUAAUCAGUAUAACUGUGGAAAAGCUUAAAGAAAUUUGCCAGAAAAACUAUGAUAAUCUUAUUUUAUCCGAAUUAGAUACAUUGAUGGCAGAAUGCAAAAAAGAUAUAGCUCAUAGGAUAAGAGCUGGGAAAGAAGGUGCCUAUGAGAUUCUAAUUGAUUUAUUAGAAACAAAAUUUAAAAUGUACACAGAGGAAAAAAAUCAGCAAAAUGAAUUGUUUGUUACUAAGGCUUUAAAGAGCUUGACAAUUUUAAUGGACAUGCAGCCUGAUUUACUUGAUAACAAAGGCAUGGAUAUAAUGAAGAGUAUUUUAGAUACUGCAGAUAAUGAAAAUAUUUUCAUAGCCACAUUGCAAUGGAUCAGUAUAUGCUGUCUCAGACAUGAAAUGAAUAGGCAAGGGAUAUUUGCUAAAAAUAUCACUGCAAAUUUGAAAGAAUUACUGAAGAAAAAAGAAAACAAAAAGUUGUUAAGUGAAACAUUGCUAGUAAUAAGAAGAUUAACACUCGACGAUGACAUACGUGUGGAGUUCGGCAAAGCGCACGAACACGCGAGGGACUUGGGCGUCAAUCUUCUAGAAUCAUUAGAUGAUUUGUUAAAUGAGCACAGGCGGGCGCCGCUGGUGGGCGAGCUGCUGCAGACGCAGACGGCGCUGCUGGUGCGGCACGAGCUGUGCGCGCGCGUGCGGCCCGCGCUGGCGGCGCUGCUGGCCGACAACUACGACGACGCCGCCGUGGCCGCGCCCGCCGCCCGCCUGAUAACAGCAUUGGCUGGUAAUGACGAUGUGAAACGCCAGAUAGUUAAAACCGGCGUCGUUCCUAUCAUUGUGUCGCUGCUGAAGAGACAUAACGGUAAUCCGACAACAACAGCAUCAAUACUAAGGUGUAUUUCGGCUUUGUGUCUGCGUGAAGCGUCGCACGGGAAAAUGUUCAUGGAGAACGGCGCCGCGGAGGCGAUAGUGGAGUCCCUCGCGAUACACCCAGACGUCGCUGCAGUGCAGAAAAACGGUUGCUGGGCUGUCCGCAACAUGGUGGCGAGAUAUCGCGACCAUAACGCGAAGUUUCUCGAACUGGGCAUCGAAGACGCACUCAACAAGGCGUACGAGAAGUUCGGUCACGAUUUCGGAUUCGACAUCAAGUCGGCGCUCCGUGACCUCGAGUGCGACGUUAAGUUCGACGAGCAAUGGAAGGGAAAGGGGGUGCAAAUAGAGCAAUAAAAACAUCAGUUCCAUACACUCAGUGCUGACAAGCGUACAAUUAUUAUAAUUUGACAUUAGAUGUGCAAUUGCAUAGCAAUAAAUAUUCUACUGAUAAAUAAAAUUUAUAAUUGUGUGUUGUAAUGUAAACAGAAAUUUUAGUUUAGUUUUGUUAUUGAAAGUAUUUUAAAUAAUGUAUAAUUUAUUUUUAUAUAGUAAACGAAAAAAAGUAAUCUCACGGCCAAUGUAUGUAGGCGGUGAUGGCCACAUACUAUCAGGAGGCCCAUUUGCGUAUAAAAAGUAAUAUUUUAUAUAGCACUAUAUUCACUUUUAAACCAUUCGCUACAAAUUUGUUACUUAAAUACAGUGAACAUUGAAAAAUGACUAACAAUAAUCAGUUUCAAGAAAUUUCAAGGCCCUCUGUCAUUAUUUUUAGUCAUCAAAUUCUGUUUCACUCAAGCCAGUGAUAUGUAUUAAAUUAAAAUCAUUUUUCUAAUAGAUACAUUUUUACGGAAUUAUUAAUAGUAGUCUAAUUUCAAAAUGGUUGUUCAAAUAACUAAAUAU